GUUCGAACAGCGCUAUCGAGCAGGAAGACCAACAAUAUAAAUAGUGCUCAAAGUGAAGGAAAAUUCUCAAAGGACACGGCCUGAAAGGAUCCCCUCAAGGAUUAUAACUAAACUUAAAUACAUUUGUUUUGUGAAUAAACUUAAAACACGUUAAUGAAAUACAGAAACAAUCGUGGCACAAUAUUGCAAAUACAAUUCAGAACAUUUCUAAGAUACGGGUUUCCAUGUUUAAUUCCAUUUGAAAGCUAAACAAAAACGACAACCGAAGGAUUUUGAAAUUUACGAAUUGGAAAAUAACUAACCAAGUUUGCACACACAUCGCCGGGUGGAAAGUCGUCUGGAGAAAGUCAUCUCCCGGAAAACUUAUUGCAAUCUCGCCCCGAAUCCUUAUUUUUAGAGCGCAGCUCAGGAGCCAGGAUGUUCGCCACCCAGGAUACCAUUUUGAAGUUGCUGACUCUGUGCGCCCUGGCACAUUCUAUAACCGCCUUGGCCCUGCAGGAAAAGUCUCCAGCUCCAGGAUCUGCCCCGUUGGAUCCCAGUCAGAAGUAUUUGAUUGUGCGAGGAGAAUCCCCGAGCUCAUCCCAGGAGCAUGUGGAGUUCGAUAAUGCCGCCACCCUGCUCCUGAGAUCCUUUAGGAACGAACAGAUCCCUGCUUCGAAAGAUCUGGAGGAAUGCAGUGCUCCUAGUCACAAGGCCACCUUCUCAGGAUACGAUUAUGUGAUCCUGCUGGGCAUGCUGGUGAUCUCGCUGGGAAUCGGUAUUUUCUAUGGCUUUUUCCAGAAGGGCGGCAGCUCCUCCAACGAGUUCCUGCUGGGCUCCGAGAUGAGCAUUUUCCCAGUUACCCUCAGUCUUACCACAAGUUUUAUAACGGCUAUCGAGUUGCUCGGUAAUCCAUCCGAGAUGUACUUCCAAGGAACCCAGUUUGUGCUCAUCGUUAUCCCUAUGGUGUUAGUUAUCCCUGUGGCCGUCAAGAUCUUCUACCCCAUUUACUUCAAAAUGGAACUAACCAGCUGCUAUGAAUAUCUGGGCAUAAGAUUUGGCAAGGAAAUCAGGAUUCUGGGUGCAGUGCUGUACGUUAUUCAGAUGUGCUUCUAUACGGCUGUUGCCGUUUUAGCUCCGGCAAUUGCUCUUUCCAAAGCCACGGGCUUGGACACCAAAAUAGCCGUGAUCCUGAUCUAUGUGGUGUGCGUGUUUUACUCCUCUCAGGGUGGUAUGAAGGCUGUGGUCAUAGCGGAUUCAUUCCAGGCUGCUGUCCUGGCUGUAUCCUUGGUGCUGAUCGUGGGUCUUGGAAGCUUUUACAGUGGAACUCCCAUCCAGGUCUUUCAGACUGCUGCCGAACACAACCGCUUGGAGUUCUUUAACAUGGAUCCCAAUCCCACUACCCGUCACACCGUCUGGUCUGUGGUCAUUGGUGGCUUCUUCUACUGGACCUCGCUGUUUUGCACCAACCAGGCUUCCGUUCAGAAGUGCAUGUCCUUGAAGUCCUUAAGGCUGGCCAAAAUUGCUCUCGGAUUUGCUAUCAUUGGUCUUAUAGCUGUGUUCCUGCUGAACUUCUAUACCGGCCUAAUGGUCUUCACCCACUAUGCGGAUUGUGAUCCUUUGACGGCGGGUCGUAUUUCGGCUACGGAUCAGUUGUUGCCUUACUAUGUGAUCAAUACCUAUGAGCACAUCUACUCCGUGGCAGGAAUCUUUGUGGCUGGUAUCUUUGCAGCCAGUUUGGGAACUGUAGCUUCUGCCCUGAAUUCCUUAUCCGCUGUUACCUGCGAGGAUCUUCUGGUCAAUGGCAUGAACAUCAAAAUCUCCCCUGAAAAGGGAGCCACCUAUGCCAAGUGGAUGUCCUUGGGCUUUGGCAUUGCCUCCUUUGGCUUGGUUUUCAUUGUGGAGCACCUCGGAGGAGUCCUGCAGGCCACCUUGACCCUUAAUGGUCUUAUUGGUGGUGUAACCUUGGGUCUCUUUGUCCUGGGAAUCGCCUGCAAGCAGGCCAAUACUAAGGGAGCCUUCUAUGGAGGUUUAUUAUCUCUGGCCCUGGUUAUAUUUGUGGGUGUGGUGGCUCAGAUUGCGAGUGUAGAGCAACCUGCGUUGCCCACAUCCAUUGACAAGUGCGAUUGCCGAGUAAACCUGACGAACGUCAUUGGAGAUCUGCUGACAGAGCCUGUGGAAGUCAUUCAGGAGGGAGGAUUUACGUCGUGGCCCAUUUUCCGGCUGAGCUACAUGUGGUACAGCAUGAUCGGAUGCCUGCUCACGGUUUUCCUGGGCUGGCUAAUUUCCCUGGUAAUUGACUUUGUCCAGCGACGCAAUGUGCUGAAGAUCACCAGCAAGGGCAUCGACAAUCCCGCCGUUUCUGAGGAGAUCUUCAAGAGCGACUCCCAAGUGCAGUACACCACGACGAGCACUGUAACCACCACCACAGCGGUUACUCCCGAUCCCCUUGAGUCUACAAGUGACGAGGGACAUGUUAACCAUGCGAUUCGCAUCGACGACGAAUAGAACUCGAAUCCAAAGCCGAAGUCGGCUGGGGAUCGUCAGUCCCCACCGGUUUAUUCCUUGUGUAACCUGUAACCUCCAUGUACAAAGACCAGUCGCAAUCUGUUAACUGUCCUAGUUUAGUCGAAAGAGUGAUUUCUAGUUCUUAAGUCCAAGCCGAGGUUGUUGGCUCAGUAUUCUGUAUACACACACUUACUAAUGUUACUACGAAUGAAUUUAUCUUUAGUUUGUUUUUAAGGCAUCCAAUAAAAUCUAUAUACCUA